UGAAAUAAUUAAAGGAAGAAAGUGGAAAUGAAGAAGAAGAAGAUUCAUCAUAGCGACGAUGAAGAGGACGACACUUUCUACUAUCGCUAUUCUUCCGUCGCAGCACCACCAUCUUCGAACCCUAAACAACAACCUUCUUCCUCCGCCAAAUCAUCAGCUCCCGGCGGCGGAUCUGGCGGCUUAGCUCCUUCAAAAUCAACACUCUACGUCUCCAAUCUCGAUUUCUCCCUCACCAAUUCCGACAUCCACACUCUCUUCUCCACUUUCGGCAAGGUCGCGAGAGUCACUGUUCUCAAAGAUCGCCACACUCGCCAAUCCCGUGGCGUCGCGUUCGUGCUCUACGUUUCUCGUGAAGACGCAGCUAAAGCGGCGCGUUCUAUGGACGCGAAGAUUCUUAACGGUCGGAAAUUGACGGUUUCGAUCGCUGCCGAUAAUGGACGUGCGUCGGAGUUUAUUAAGAAGAGAGUUUACAAGGAUAAAUCGAGGUGUUACGAGUGUGGAGACGAAGGACAUCUUUCGUAUGAGUGCCCUAAAAAUCAGUUAGGUCCAAGGGAGAGACCACCGCCGCCGAAGAGGAGAGGGCGGCGGAAGGAGGAUGAAGGUGAGGCUGAGGAAAUUAGGGAUUGGUCUGCGGCGUCAUCGUUGCCUGUGCCGGAGGAGGGAUUUGAGGAGGAGAAUUGGGCUUCGGUGGUGGACAAUGAAGCCGGAGAGAGGUUGAGAAUGAGAGAAGCAGAGGAAGAAGAAGAGAGGAGGAAGAAGAGAAAGGAGAAGAAAGUUAGUUACUUUAGUGAUGAGAGUGAUGAUGAAGAUUAGCUUCUUUGAUCCAUUUUCUGGUUUGUGAAUACUGAAAGAGAGAUUGAUCAAUUACACUCUUCUGGGUUUGAGUUGAUCUGAUUUUGUCUUCGUAUGAGAUCAUGUUUGAUGAUGAGUCUGGUUCUUUUAAGCUAAAUAGUGUCCAAGAAGAUACCUUUUCACUAGAAAACGCAACUCGUUUAAGUUCUUGGUUUGAAGAUUACAUAGUUGUUCAUCAAUGCAUGUCAGCUCUUGAUUUUUAGAGUGCAAUAUCCUCACCUAUGUGAAUUUUGAAUCAACUCCAAUCAGAGAA